GUAUGGCAGCCUGUGGAGGUGGCCGCGGCUCGUGGGCACGCGGCUGGCACGAGAUGCACUUGCGGCGCGGUGGUGUUCGGUUCGCUGGAGCCGCUCGUCGUGGCGGAGCCGUGCAUCACGGCUCGACCGUCCAGGACGCCGAUGCGGUCUGGCGCCCAGCCAUGCGUGCCGAACGAGCUGGAGGCCCACGCGUCGGGGGACGGCGCGGGGGACGAGCAAGACGAGGGGGUCGCGGCCAGCGCCGUGGAGGAGCUGGGCAGAGGUGCCGCGCCGUGCAUGCUGGACGACGAGGCCGACGGCGACCUUGAACCCGCGCCUGCCCAGGGAGCCGGCGAGGCGGUGUUCGACGACAACGUGUAG